AUGAUCCAGAGAAAGGAGGUGGUCCUGUCAGUCCUGAAGGAUCUCCAGGAGGCCACAGAGAACGCAGGCCUGGAGGUUCUGACCAGGAAAGCUUUGGAAGUGGAUCAGGUCCUGGCUCCCUUCCAGCUGCCUCGCAUGCCCUGCCAGGACUUCCCUGAGUGGGUCGGAGUGGACGACAUCGCUCAAGCGUUGUACCCGGGGGACGCACCUGUGGACCUAUUGCCUCUUCACUGUAAAGGAAGAGGCAACCUGUUGUUUGACGCCGCCAGCAUGUUGCUCAUGGGCAAUAGUGCACUUGGCUUGGAGCUUCAGGUGAGGACCGUAGUGGAAAUGGUCCUGUGGAAGAGGUACUACUUGUCAGGCAUGAUUGACUCCAAGAUGAUGCUGCAGGCAGUGCGCUUCAGCCUCUGUGCUGAAGAAUCAGAGGAAAUGCUAAACCUGCCGGCGACCGUACUGGAGGCCAUCUUUGAUGCCGACGUCAAGGCCUCGUGCUUCCAGGGCUCCUAUGCCAACAUGUGGCAUGUGUACGCGCUGUCGUCUGUGCUGCAGUUCAACAUCUACUCUAUUUACCCCAUGUUCAACCUCAAGAUACGGCCCUACUUCAACAGACUCAUACGGCCAAGGAAGUGGCCGCAGGACUCCAAGCCACAAACUCUGCACAUCAUGUGGUCUGGUGAGCUGAAUUCCGAGUCCUUGUUCAGACCAAAUCAUUUUGUGGCAUUGGUAAGAGCAAGCGACUUCACAGUGAAAAGUCCUGACAGCGAGCCAAGGCUCUCGCCAACGAAAACUGAUGAACUCCCGAACCACCAGCCGCAGUUCUCUUAUCCCAGUCUGAAGGACAAGUACAACAUCACUAAAAGGACCUUUUACCGCUGGAAGAGGCAGUCUCAGGAGCACUGCAAGAAGUCGGCAGCCCGUUACGAGGCGAAGUACUUCCUGCAGGCGUGCUACCUGGAAGGAAAACUCCUCCCGCUGCACCAGUUCAAAGCGUUCUUUCCCGAAAUCUCCCGCUCGUCUUACUACAACUGGAAGCACGAGCUGCUGAAGUCUGGGGGAAACUUCUCUACUUCCUCGUCCACAGGAGAGAUCAGUCCUGGGGAGAGCACAGAGCAGGAAGUAUGGUCCUCGCCGGAAACCAGGCAGGACGAGUCAGACCACCACGACAGUGUGGCCAGCAUGUUUGGCCUCAACAUGGCCGUCCUGGAUCUGGACAGGGUCCAGAAUGUGGUCCACAUGCAGGAAGCCAAACGCUGCUUGCAGAACUGCAUCGCCAUGAACACCUCCUUACCCUUCAGGAUCUUCAAGCGUAACUUCCCGGGAAUCUCCAGAUCCACCUACUACAACUGGAGGAGGGAAGCCAUGUUGUUCAGCAGAGGUUACAAAGCCAGCGCUUGCAGCAGUGAGGACAGCUCAGAUGUCGAUAAGUGCCACAGUCCUAAAAGUCUCUCACCCACCCCCCACAAUAUCGCUCGGGAAAUUGUGCCCAGAACAACAAUCUUCAGGCGGCAGCAUAGAAGUUUCCACCUAGCCUACGUGGGUAAGAAACAACUGCGAGACGGCGCUAAACUGCUCGUCCAGAAGUCCAAAUUAUCCUUAAGCAAGUUCAAGCUCAGGUUUCCGUCCUUGUCUCUUUGCUUCUUCUGGCUCUGGAAGAACAGCAGAAGGAAGUCGAAGGCAGCCAAUCAGAGGCCAGAAGCCCCUAAGGUGGAGCAAAGGCCCCUGACCAUCGCCACAGAAAUAAUGAUGGCGGACAACCACAGGGUGCUCCCGUUUAUGGUGCCUCCCACAUACGUAGCUCGUCCCAACAUAGCUGCCCUCAGCACCCCGCAACCCCAGCGCAGCUUGGUGGGGGCGCCGCCGGACGAGCGCAUGCUAGAUGUGGUAACGCUGGCCAACUUCAAGGCCAAAGCCAAGCUGUUUCUGCAGCAGCGCUUUGAGGAGAAAUCCUUUCCCAGCUUCAAGGAGUUCCGCUCCUAUUUUCCCUUCACCCCACGCUCCACCUACUACAUGUGGAAACGGGCACUGCAUCACGGGGUGUCGCUGGUUCACGGCUAG